CAAUAAUGGCGCCGUCCAGUGGCGUAUUUUGAGGACAAGGGCACGUACUGCUGUCAGUGUUGUUUUCACGUGAGAAUCAACUAUGGCGAGGCUGCUGAGGCCUAGCAUCAGGACUUUUGUCACCUCACAGCUGCGAAUGUCAUCCGACCAGCUGGGCGAGCUGGGUAAAGGUGCAGGAAAAGGUGGUGGCGGUGGAGGGUCCAUCAGAGAGGCAGGUGGUGCACUGGGGAAGAGGCAGGCUGCUGAGGAGGAGCUGUACUUCAGGCGUAAGGAGCAGGAGCAGCUGGCCGCACUGAGGCAGCAUCACCAAGAGGAAAUCGAACAUCACAAAAAGGAGAUUGAGCGUCUGCAGCGCGAGAUCGACCGCCACAAGGGAAAGAUCAGGAAGCUGAAGCACGACGACUGAGCCAAACUUUCCAAUAAAUAAAAAAGUUCCAGUUUUCUCACCAUCCCAGCCCGACAGCUUCACUAAUCACUCAGAUUGCUGCAUGCACUGUGUCAGCAGGCCAGUCUUGAAUGUGUGCGUGAUUGUUCUGUAAAUGCACGAAGGUUAUUAAAACUUAAAGCUUUUAAAAUGAUGAUUGUUUCCAUGGCAUGCUGUGACACAAGUUGUACAACUUUUUCCACCCUCUCCCCUUUUUUGUAGUCAGUCACUGUGCUCUAUGUGCAGGCAAACGGCCAAAGUGGAGAAACCUAGAUAUCUUUAACGCUGCUUCACAUAACACCUAUUUUUCUUCCUGUGUGAUGUUUAAAUAAAUUGUAUUGUAAAUGGCA